AUGAGUGCUCUAACAGACUUUGAAUUUGCCGAAGUCAAUUGCCUCUCAUUCAAUCCCUACAGCGAAUUUAUUCUAGCCACCAGCUCUGCGGAUAAGACCGUAGCUUUAUGGGAUCUGCGUAACUUAAAAUUAAAACUCCAUACCUUCGAAUCUCAUAAGGAUGAAAUUUUCCAGGUCCACUGGUCUCCACAUAAUGAAACUAUUCUGGCUUCAAGUGGUACUGACCGCCACCUGAAUGUGUGGGAUUUAAGUAAAAUUGGGGAAGAACAAUCAGCAGAAGGUGCAGAAGAUGGGCCUCCAGAACUCCUGGAGUUAUUCAUGGAGGACACACUGCCAAGAUUUCAGAUUUUAGUUGGAACCCCAAUGAGCCUUGGGUCAUUUGCUCAGUGUCUGAGGAUAACAUCAUGUAGAUAUGGCAAAUGGCUGAAAAUAUUUACAAUGAUGAAGAGUCAGAUGUCACGACAUCAGAACUGGAGGGACAAGGAUCUUAAACCUAAAGUAUGAGAGAUGUUUCUGUUGAAUUUAAUGCUACAUGAAGGCUUGAUUUAUCAAGUGCCAAAUGGCUUUGUAUAGUAGAAAAUAUAAGUGCGGUGGCUUCUGGCUUCUUUAUCCUCUGAUUCUAGCACUUUCAAGUGAGCUGUUGCGUACUGUAUCAUAUUGUAGCUAUUAGGAAAGAGAUGAUUGUUGCUUAAGAAAGAACAUCGCUAUUGAUUUAAAAUGCAAGUAGCAGGAUACUGCCUUUGAUUCAACCGUUUAAGUCCUCAUUUUCUCAAACUAAGUGCUUGUUGUUCCCAAAUAUGCUUGAGUAGCUUUUACACUUUUUCCUUCCAACACUUCUGAUUGGCUUUGCAGAAAUAAAGUUUAAAAA